UGAAAAAACAACUUGGUUGACGUUUCGCUGUAAGCUUCUUCAGAAGAUAUAUAUAGAAAUAUAUAUAUGUAGCUCGUUUUGUAACCUUUUCGCAAUUUUGCUUGGCAUUUGUGAAAUUUUUCAAAAAUUUGAGUUUUCUGAUGUCGUCAAAGAUCAUUAACGCUCAUGACGUUGUUGCAUCAAUGGCGUACAACUCAAUCCCAAGUUUACCUAGCCUUUUUCUAGACUGUCUAACUGAGCCCGGUUGUUGAUCUUGCAGUUUUAGAAUCUAUCUACGAAAAAAUUAAAGCCUCUAUUGUGUAGACAGAAGGAAUUCGUUCUCACGCGAAGGCACUAGUGGCGACAUUUUCAACUGGCAAGUAGCUGUAACUCCUUUAUAGUUACGUCCUCGGGUUUCUGAUUGGCCUUAUUCGAUCCACAACUGGUUCCUUGUAAAAGCCCUUUUUGUCAAUUAUGUUAGGUUUCUAACUAUAUAUUCUUAAUAUUUGGUUCAAAUAAUAUGUAAGCACGCAUUUGAUUAUAAAAAAUAAAUCAAAUAACCCGUAUUUACCACUUUCCUGAUGUAAGGUUAGGUAUUUAUUUCUAUUUUCUUAUGUUGAACCUCAUGCCCCUAUUGGUGGCUAGAAUAAAGGUGUGUUUCAUAAUUUUGAUGACGCAACUUUGACAAACAAUAUAAUCACUAAUAAUUGGUUAUGACAUAAAGCGAUCAAUAAAGAUAAUCUUUAUAGCAUUUCCUUCCUCUUUCAAGCGAAUUCUUCUUCUUUUCCCAUCUUUCGCAGAUACUCUAUUGGAUUCCUCCAAAAAUAGUUUUAAUUUAUUUCGUGCUUAAAUCUUUAAAGAAAAAUUUGAAAUAUCAAAGUUUCUCGGUUGAUACUUCGUCCAAGUAUCUUCGGCAUUUUCAUGCAGUGGCACAUGUUGGGAAUGUUUGAUGACCCCUGCUUUUUUCGUUGCGACCGCAAGGGAAGUGGUCUUGCUGAUGUAAUGACAUAUCGUGUUAUCAUGACGCCUUGGCCUGAUUAUGAUGUUGCGAGGUAGCAGUUCAACAGCAAGCAACUGAUCGCUAGCUGACCAUUGGCGAAUACGCAUGUUGAUAACUUCCAUCUCUAGCUCUUUAGCCUCACUUGACAGAUACACAGAUAAGGUCCCGUUCUCAGUUGCACUCGCACUCAGGGGGAUCACUGCAGAGCUCUGAUUUGUGACCAAGUAAUGAAAUCUCUGGUUAGCAUGUCUGCAAAAGCAAACGCUUUCUCCAUUGCACAGCUUCUUGACUCGAGACAAGUUGAUGUCCAAGAGUACGUCACAAAAAAGUCGUUGCUUGGAAAAUGGACCUCGCCUCAGCAAAUUGAACUUGCAUUGGAGGAGACACUAAAGUAUGUUGGGACAGGAAAAAAAUCGGAAAAAGCCCCAAAGCCUGAAGACAUUAGUCGAGGCUGUGAAACCGGUGGUAGCUCGCAAAGGCAAAUUUCUCCGCCACUGAAUGGAAGAAAGGCUGAAUCACACAUGUCACAAGUUCGUUGCGAUCUCGAAAUGAAAACUUUGUGGCAGGAAUUCAAUGCUCUUGGCACUGAGAUGAUUGUCACUAAGGCAGGAAGGAGGAUGUUUCCAACAUACCAGAUUCGUUUAUCGGGGAUGGACCCGAAUGCAAGAUAUGUAAUAAUGAUGGAUUUUGUCCCUAUUGAUGACAAAAGAUAUCGCUAUGCCUUUCACAGUUCAAAAUGGUUAGUCGCAGGAAAAGCUGAUCCGGCAGUACCGGGCAGAGUUCAUGUGCACCCGGACUCUCCGAACACUGGAUCCCACUGGAUGAAGCAGGCAGUGUCAUUUGACAAGCUGAAGUUAACCAACAACAUAAUGGACAAAAACGGACAUAUCAUUCUGAACUCGAUGCACAAAUACCAGCCUCGUCUUCAUGUGGUAGCGUGCGAUGGUGAGGCCAACCUGCAGGUUGAUGCCAUUAGCAAUCAGAAGGUGGAAGAUAUGAAAAGAGACAUUGUUCGAAUGUUCAUUUUUCCUGAAACUGAAUUCAUGGCUGUUACUGCUUAUCAAAACCACAUGAUUACACAGCUUAAAAUUGCUAGUAACCCUUUUGCCAAAGGAUUCAGAGACUGUGAGGCGGAAACGUGUGUAAACCAAGUGAUGAAGCGUGUUCCAGCCGGAGGAAAAUUAUAUGCAAGCCAGUCACAUAUGGAAAACAUGACAGCGUUGAGUGGCAGCAGCGCAGUUUAUGAAAGUGAGAUGGGAUAUCAGUCCUCUUUGCCAUCCUUGUUUACCACUCAGCACUAUCGAUACUCUCAGAACAUGACGUCAAGGACUGACCAUUGCUGCAUUCAAGGAACUUCACCAACAAGCCCUGUCUCUCCAUACUACCACCCAGAAUCGCCUCCCGCCAACUUAGCCUACCAAACUAAACUUUCGUCAAACACGCAGUCACCGACCAAUCGAUAUUCGCCGUAUAUCUCACCUUAUGUCCGAGCAGUAGACUACAUCACUCCAUCUCAGUAUGCCUGAUGCUUAUGUCCUGUUUGGUAGCAUUGUAAGCAGAAAUUCUAUGCCUAGGGUACUCUCAUUCUUUGUCUAGGCCACUUUUUUAAGAAAUAGUGGCUUUAUGCAGCUAAGAAAAAAUUGAUUUUAAAAUCCACGGAUUCUAAUAGAAUAGAUUAUUCUUAUAAGAGGCCUGGAUAUUUCUGAGAAGCAACAUUGUCUGUUACCCAUGGAAAUUCUCACCUGCUUUGCAAAAUUUCCCUCGAUUCGACAUUGAUUUAGUCUUUCUAUUUGUUAAUAGUUUCAGAUAAUGUAUGUGUUUAUCAGACUGAAGCCAGUUAUUAUAUGUUUUCGUCAGAGCAAAAAAUUAAAAGGAAAAAAAUAUGGUUGUAUAGUAAAACAAGUUUACAGAAAUGUGAAUUUUUUCAUUAAAUGUAGAUACUUCUAUGUAAAGUCGAAAACUUGGUGGAUAUUUAGUAUGAUUUUCAAAAGUUUAGUGCGUGAUUAAUUGCAUAUGUAUAUAUGAAUUGUGAGAAAUAAAAAAGGAAAUAUUUUACUUCGGUCCAAUAUGGCGGCCAUUUCUGUGUAUGAGUCAGGUCUUACCGAUUUCAAAUGUUCUCCGCAAAAUCUCCAUUGGUUUUUUUACCCAUUGUGAGGGGACACAAUCCAGUGAUUUUUGCGUUCGUAUUUGCUUGUUAGAUUAGACUUUGCCAAAUACAAAGGUUCUUCAACCGGCCUUGUUUCUAAGUUUCAUCUAGUUAAAGAAUAUUCUUAUUUUUGCCCAUGCGGACUAUUGAUAAACAAAAGUAUGGGACAUUUUAAGGUGUUACGGUAAAUAUCAUAUUCGACGACCACGGGCCCGGUUUUGUAAAUAAGGAAAUUUGUCAACAAUGCCUUUAUGCGCAGAGUAAUGCAUUUAAUAAGGAUUUCUCAACAGCUAGGAAGUUGCCUUUUUGCUUCACAUUUGCCUCCAGCCCUUAGAUUAAGAAGCCUUAAGUUCAAUUUACUGGCUCUAAUAAAAAGGGGUACAAUUCGAUAACAAAACGAAAUGAUAUUGAGACAGUCUGUGUGAGUGUGAGCAAUUGUGGCUGAAAGUGAUUUGGCGAUCCAUGCAGGAAACUUCACUGAACCACGUUAAGAAGAGCAAAGCCUUGCACUGAAUAGAAAUUCGAAGAGUAAUACAACCAUUAAGUUCAAAUUCAUGUCCGUUUAUGGUUUAUUUAUUCACUUCCUAUAAUAACCAAAUAUGCAUACGAGGCAUGUUUAUCAGUGUCGUGGGAACAAGAUUGAUAUUGGAGGGGGGUCGCCUAUUGAAUUGUUUCCCAUUCAGUACACUCUUAUAAAGCAAAAAUAAUACACUUUGGCGAUAAUUCGGAGGCCCCAGUAUCCCUAGCUCCCCCGCGUCCCCCGUGUUUAUCAGUUUAUCAUUGAUCCUUAGUCAGAUAACUAAGGGAUUGUUGCAAUGCAAAUAACUGCGUCGGAUGGUCAAGUUCUAGAGCGUUAUAAAUGUUCCACUUAUUAGCGAAUAGCUGAACACGAACCUAUUCAAAAUCUGAGGUUUUGACAGCCUUUAAUUCCCUUUUCUCGUAAUAAGUACAGGCUAUUUAAAAAUGAUACAAUUCGACCUGCGGGUCAUCUCUACUAUCCCGCUGCCGUCGGGACACUUGGCAGGAGCUAAGCUAUAUUUUUACAACACUGUCUAAGUUGGUGAACUAGAGACACGCCUCAAGCACUGAGUGGUUAGCAACCUGAUAAUUCUUGAUGAUGGCUUCCAUCUGCAUAGGGCUAGCUUUUGUGUAUAUUCUUGUAAUAAAUUGAUAGCUUGAGUGGAAAUGUGACACCUCGUUUACUCAUCUUCUGCUCUCUUUGUAGAAGAUCCAGUUUUUGAGUCAUUGAAAUUAUAAAGAGAGCUAAUGAUCAGAUAGACUCUAUUUAUUUCACAACAGUUUCCGAGAGUCUUUAAUGCAAGUUCACACUUUCGAGAAACUGCGUGUGGCAAAUAUUAUAAAAAUUAAUUCAGCUUAAAUCUAUAUCAAUCUUAAUGAGAUCAAUAUCUUUUACAAAUGUUGAGAAAACAGAAUGGUAGGGGAAAAGGAGAUCUCACACUCGAUCUGACUCCUAUCGCCCGAGACAAAAGGCUUAACCAUUUGUGCAAGCCAAUCAAAUUCGAAGGUACAUGAAGCUUGCGUAUUUUAGCGAAUGGUCCUAGAAAGUGACAGUCAUACCCCCCUCAAUAUGUCAAGAACGCUAAUUAUAGCAACUGUGCCAAGUUAAAAAAAAUUCUCGGCAGUUUUGCGAAGGUUUCUCAGGGACGUAUUUUCAUUUACGAUUUCAUUUAGUGGUUUCAUAGGCUGAA